AUGUCGGUAUCCGCUCGCGCGCUGCGAGACAUCGAGAAUGUCUUCCGCGUUGAGAAGCGCUGCGUGCAGUGCGAAAAGGCAGAGCUCACCUGCGCAGGCAAGGUCUGCAACAAGAACCAGGUCUGCGUGCAGACCACCCAGACGUGCGAUGAGUGCGCACAAGUCAUCUGCGCCGUCGACCCCAUGGCCGCCGCCGAGGAGCCCAACAAGCCCAACGUCGGUGCCAUCGCUGGAGGUGUCAUUGGAGGAGUCGCCGCCAUCGCCAUUCUGACGUUCCUCGUGUGGAAGUACUACUUGAAGGGCAAGAGGCGGCCGUACACCGAGGCCGACUUCCAGGAGAUGGACAUGCAGGAGCAAGAGAAGGCCGAGAACGACUUUGCUUCGCGACGCAGCGCCCGCGCAUCCACACACACCGUCGCCUCCAUGGCCUCGUCCGUCCUUACCCGCGCCUCCAACAUCAUCCAGAUCGCAUACAUCCCCGGCGUCACCAACCGCUCCGGCCCUGGCUCGCCCGACCUGCUUGUUCCUCCCGUCCCCCCGAUUCCUGCCAUGUCGCCCUCAUCUGGCGUCAGCAGCCCGUACUCCAACGCCGACCAGCACUUCUUCCUCCCCGACUUCCGGGACUCGAUGGCAUCGCAGAGCACCGCUGGACGCACCAGCAUUGCACCCAGUCUUGCCCGUGCCAGUGUCGCCUCCACCAUGUACCGCCAGAACGCCAUCGUCUCUCCUCUCCCAGCCCAGACUAUCGUCCGUGGAAAGGCGGCUGUUGUCAGCGUCAAGUCCAUGUCUUCCAGUCCAGCAGAAACCCCUAGCUCGGAGACGCCCCCUGUUCCUUCAAUCGACCCAAAGCACUCCAACAAGUCGCUCCGUAUCCAAAUGCCAGGUGUCAUGGGCCUCAGCCCGGCGAACUCUGUCCGCAGCACUGCUCAACUAGGACCUGUUCGCGCCCUCAACAUCACGAAGAAGAAGUCGACAGAUCUCUCCAGCACCCCACCGAAGAGUUCUGGCAACUCGUCCUCUUUCAGCAACUUCAGCAAUGACAGGACUGCGGUCAACACACCAGAGGUCCUUGUUCCUCCCGCACGACCGCUUACCGACAUAUCCGUAACCUCUUCAGACGACGGUGUUGCACAUGCGAGAGCCCGACGGAUAGCAGGUGACGAGUCUGACUCUGACGACGAAUCGGACGAGGAGCACGCACGUGCACACCAAACUCUCCUCCGCAACUCAGUAACCUCGCGCGACUCCGAUGCCUAUAGCGACGCUCAGGAGUCCCCUGCACCAAACCAAUCUCCCUUCUCAGACAGCUCACAGUUGGAGCCACCACGACCUCAGAUGUCGCAACGCAUCACAUCCUACGACACAUCACUGGGCCUCCGUACCCCGAUGACGCCCAUCGUCGAGGAGGCCCCCUCGAAACGCGGCAGCACAGUUUCGCGGCGAGAGCAGAGUCCCUUCUCGGACAACAACAGAAGCGACAUGUAA